UCCACGCGUCAAAAAAGACAAGACAAUCACCUGCUCGGAGCGGAGCCUUAUGACAUUACGCACCGACCGGGAGCGGGGCUGCAAAUGGGCGGCAUAGAUGGCAACCUCUCCCUCAGCAUGUUGAAUGGGACUGAAACGCAAACUUUCGGAAAGAACGCCGACAUCAGCAGUCAUCUCCACCGCGGCAGCAAGGAUCUAGCAGAGUUUAAAAUGGGGAUUCAGGACGCGAGGUUUUACUACCCAGACUCUGUUCAAAGCGGGCAGGACGCUCUGUCUCUGCCGUACCACUCGGACCAGGCGGUGGGAGGGUACGGAGCGCAGACCGGCAGGUUUUACGCACAGACCCUCAGCAGUUGUCCGUACGGCGGCGUGCGCUCGCCGCCAAGAAGUGGAGCCGGGCAGGGUUACAUCCCGACGACAGGAGACGGGUUUCCUACAGGCGGUAAAGACUUGUACUCUCCUUCUCCGGAGAAUUACCCGGCGAGCUUUCAGCACGGCUACCAGCGGCCGCCUCUCUACCCUUUACCUGGGCUACAGGUGUGCGGGAAGACUCAGGCUUUGCUCAAUAACUACCCGCUAUGGGCCAAGUUUCACAAGUUCCAAACCGAGAUGAUAAUCACCAAACAGGGGCGGAGGAUGUUCCCCUUCCUGAGCUUCAACAUCAGCGUUCUGGAUCCGUCUGCUCACUAUAACGUCUAUGUGGACGUAGUUCUGGCGGAUCAGCACCACUGGAGGUACCAGGGCGGAAAGUGGGUCCAGUGUGGGAAAGCAGAGGGCAACAUGCCAGGGAACCGGAUGUACAUGCACCCUGACUCUCCCAACACAGGAGCCCACUGGAUGAGACAAGAAGUGUCUUUCAGCAAACUCAAACUCACCAACAACAAGGGCAGCACCAAUAAUGUGGCACAGAUGAUCGUGCUCCAGUCGCUCCACAGGUACCAGCCUCGUCUGCACAUCGUGGAGGUUAAGGAGGACGGCUCAGAGGAUCCCUUCCUAUCAUCCAAAGCUCAGACCUUCGUCUUCCCGGAGACUCAGUUCAUCGCUGUCACCGCUUAUCAGAACGCCGAUAUCACUCAGCUGAAAAUAGACCAUAACCCCUUCGCUAAAGGUUUCCGCGACAAUUACGACACGCUGUACGCUCCUCCUGACUCUGAUCGCCUCACCCCCUCCCCUCCAGAGAGCCAGCAGCUGCUGCCAGGGAGCUGCUACCCCCAGAGCUACCUCUCUGAGCAGUACAUGAGCCCCCUGCCUCAGAGCCGCUUCUACAGUAUGGGCCAGCAGCACAAAGACCCGUCCGCCAGCCCUGGUCCUCACAGCCGCUGGUACCUGCCACCUCAGCAAGGUGUGGCCUCCAAUCGGCUUGACUUCACUUCCUCCUACGAGGGGGACUUCUCCGGAAACGGUUUCUACAAGCCCUUCCCCUUGCAGACAUCCGCUCACCAUGCCCUCAGCUACUACCCAGACCAUCAUUUUGCAUCUACUAGCGUGUCUGUAUCAGGAGCCACCUCGGCGGGCUGGACCACCAGCCGGCCCACCCCUCAGUACCUCAGCCACCCGAGUAAGCCUGGCCCCAGUCUGGGCUGGUUUAGACCCAUGUCCUCCUCUUCUUCCUCCUCAUCUUCUUCUACGUCACCUGGCAACCCAAGGCUGCACCCGCCCUCGCUCCUAGAGCCUCUGCAGCCGCCCCUGUUGCACGACAAGCCCAAAGACACUGUGGAGGUGGCGGUAGAGGACCCCUGGCUUGAACCUCCCUCUGUGAAAUCAGCGGCCUCGGCCGACUCGGGCCUGUUUGAGGGCGGCGUGGGGGACACCAAGAAGAGGAAGGUGUCGCCGUACACAUCCAGCACUGAAAACUCCCCGCCUCCGCGCAGUGGAGAGGUCUGCGAGAAGGACAGCAACAGCGAUGCAGACUACUAUGGCUAUUACACCCACUGAAGGCCUCACACAGUCGCCACAGUCUCUCUCCCAGCGUCUUCCCACACCGCCCUCAUGAACACGCAUUGGUCUGUCCGGUCAGGUCAUGAUAAAGGGCUGGAACAGUCUCUGUUUUUUGAUGCAGACAAAUACUAGAACCACAUCACAGAAGGUGCAGCCUCGUCUGCUGUCAUGUCACAGUGUGGCCAGCCUCUCUAUAAAGUCCCCUCUCAAAGUGUCAAAUGAUUACAGGAGCAACUUCCAAGGUUACUGUCAAAGUUAGUGUUGAACAGAAGUGGAUGUGACUGGGGAACCGGCCUGCAGUCACAUAAACACCAUACGGACAAACAGACCUGUGACUUAAGCCUUUGAAACACUUGGAGAUUUGGGGGGAAAAAAAUUAUCUGCAUAUCUGUUUGCUGACAGACGCCUGCAGGGAUUGUCUGUUCUUCCUGCAUCAAACACUCUCUCUGUCUCUUUUGAUCUGUCUUGUCUCUGUCUGUCUCUUCCGUUUCACCCUCAACCUUUCACACAUAGGGCCUACUUAUGAUAUACUCACGGUCAUUUCCCCCCUGAUGAUUCUGAGCAGAAAUUACCUUUCACACACAGUCUUCUCUUCAAAUCCGGCUCAAUAUGUGGGGUGUAGCGCCCACCAGUGGUGACAGAAGAGUGUUGCAGACUGCAGAGUGUCUGAGUGAACUGAUAUCAGGACGGUAGGAGGACUUAGCGAGCACAUGUUCUGAAGCACGGCCGCUAAUUGAACUCAACCCAGCAAAGACAAUCUGUGUGUGUGUGUGUGUGUGUGUGUGUGUGUGUGUGUGUGUGUGUGUGUGUGUGUGUGUGUGUGUGUGUGUGUGUGUGUGUGUGUGCGUGUGUUUGCGUGUGUGUUAAGUAAAUCAGCAACCACAGCAGCAGAAAUAACUAACAAGUCUUUACAAAAGGAGACAAUCCAACAUAUCUCACAGGUGUAAAAGAAGAGCCUGUAUCUGUGAAGUUCCUAUGACUUUUAAAAUCUGGGGUUACAAUUUGCAUUUCGUAAUCAAAUGCUGCCCUUCUUGGUAUUUACAGGGUAACACAGAAUCGUAAUGUGUCUGUUUGCAUUGUAAUGUGAUUAGAUCCAUGUCCAAACACAGAGACAGUUAACAUGGAGAUACUAGAUAUGAUAAAAUCUCACCUGAAGGCCAACUGCUUGGUUUCAUAGAGUGAAAAAAGGCCUCAUUACAACAAAGGCCUAGCCCCCUGCUGCAAUCAGUGGAUGUGAAAAUGAUCCCUUCACUACACAGUACACACAUAAAGCCCACGAUCAAUAUCAGCAUCGAUGACGAGGUAACUGGAAAACAGUAUUGGAAGAGGGAAUUGUGACCGCUUAAAACACGAACUGCACCACAUUAUUCAUAUUAAACUACAUUACAUUUCCCAUUGUGACUCUAUCUAUACAUCUUAAUCUUAUUUUGCUGUGGUGCUGCAGGAUUUCCCAAUCACUUCCCAUACAGUAGGAGCAGAGCAACUGAGCUGCAGACGAGUAAAAAGUGGGUCAAUCAGAACGGCUACCCGCACCUGUAGGUAAACAGACGAGGUACUGUCACCCUCAGACCCACGAUAAACAGGAAGCACAAAGUGACCAGACAGACACUCUGAAUUUCCCCCCUAGUCUUCGGGCCUAUCAUGCCGUGACACUGGCUGACAAGAGUCCUGGCUCCCAGCCUGGUGACAGAAAUGAAGAGUGAGGCCUCAGUCGGCGCUGAUAAGAGAUCUGCUCCUCAUUCCUCACUAGGUGUGCUAAUGGCCUCAGACAACACUGGAGGCGACAGACAGCCACUCGCUUGGUGCAGUGCAGGGUUACUUUAGUCUUUUCUGAUGGAGAGAUGAAAUUAAAAACAAAUAUGCACUCUUGAAAUGCCUAAAAUGAGUUUCUCUAAGUGGAACCAGCAGUCGGUAGUGUACUGUAUUUGUACAAAUUUUUACACUUCAGUUUUUGUACAAAUUAAACAAACAAGAUACAAAGUGUAAAUGUGUGAACUUAUAGGUGCGUUGGACAGAGCCAGGCUAGCUGUUUCCCUUUAUUUUCAGUCUUUAAGCUAAGCUAAGUGGCUAUCCUAAACCAUUUCUAUCGUACAAACAUGAAACCUCUCAUCUAACUCUCAAAAAAAAAGGGAAAAAGUAUAUUUCCCAAAAUGUUAAACUAUUCGUUAACCUUAAAAAAUAAAUAAAUAAAAAAAUGUCCACCACCAAACAUUUCAUACGUAAAUGAAGAGAAAUACCACAGCCCUGAGACAGUGAGGUCAGGUCACCUGGGUUAAUUCAGAGAAUUGGGGGGUUUAGGGACCAGGGGGAGUUAGGUUGUACAGUACUGAAAGAAACCUACAUAUGGUGUGUAUUUUACAGGCUGGUUUCCCUAUUUUCAGACUCAAUAUAUUAAAAUUUUAGGCCAUCAUAAAUUAAACUAAUCCUGGCAGCAUGGAGAGGACUUUAAUGUUGGGAAAUGAAAUCUACAGAAACAGUUAACUGAAUCGAUAAAAUAUGAAAAAUCCAAAUAAUUAUACACUUUUACAGGUUUUGUUUUUUGUGCCUGGUCAAUAUGUAAGGGUUGGACUCCUAUACAUUGCUUUAAACCCUGGCUUAGACCCGUUUUCCUUAUUAAGGUUUCACAUGUCGACAUAAAAUUCAAGCUCUUUUCUGAACUGUGCUGGUUUUAUAUAAUCAUUUAAAGACUGGGACUGCAGUAUUUGGCAAAAUGAUCUUAACAAUGAUGCAAAAAGGACAUACUGUCUGACGGUUCAGUCCUUUACUUGAACAUUUAACUAACAAAUUAUUUAAAUGGUAGCAAAGCGUUAAUUUUAUGCAGAAAAAAGAAUGGAUAUACUGUUUGUAACUUUUCCAAAAUAUAUGCUAAUAAACAUUUCUGUCGACAUCUGCCAGAGGAAAAGGUGAUGAUGUACCUUGAUGAAGGUGAAUGAAGGUGUGCGAUGGACAAUUCUUGUUUCAAGUGCAAUUAAUAGAAAGCAAAUUACUGAUGGCAUUUCAAAAACAGUGAGAGCAAAGUUUUACGUUAUCACUGGCUAAUUUAUUUAAAUGUGCUGUUGGUUUGUUUCGUGGUUCACCUAUACAUCAAAUCGCAAAAAUGCUUUCAGACGCCUCAGGAACCCUGCUGGAUAUCUCAGCUGUUACGAUCACCUUCAGCCAAUCCCUGAAACCACUAUUACCUCCAUUUCCCAUGAGUCUGUGUUUCCCUUAAGCACUCAUUUCCCUCAUUAAGAGAAUAAAAGACUGUGUGGGAACUGUAUUUCCAGAGAUUUUACUGUACAAUAUUGCUAUAGAGGAGUGAAGAAGGGAGACCAGAUGAGGUCAAGCAUGUUAUUUUUGUGUGUGUGAUCCAUGUGCACGGUUUGUCAAGGGAGCGUUAAACCUCCUUUGACGCCUUCAAUAGGAGCUUAUAAAUUGCAAAAAUAAGAGAUGACGAUUUCUGAAUGGGAAAACUGUUAUUUAUUAAAAGGUGGCAUAAUUGUGUAUUGUAUUGUUGUUUUUUUUAUUCAUGACAUUAAAGCUUACACAUGACAAA